AUGGCACCAGUUCAAGCAGCACAACAACCAGCUAACAUCCAGCAACUCAAGCAACAAGCUAAAGCCCACGCCGAUUCUAACGAAGACUACAAUGGCAACUACAGCUUCGCACCAAUCAAGGAGUAUGAGACAUCUAGAGCAAUGACAACGCGCUACUUUAACGACAUGUACGACAGAGCCAUCUCUGAUGUAUUGAUCGUCGGUGCUGGUAGCGCUGGUCUAUCAUGCGCAUUCACGAUUGCCACCGAGAGACCCGAUCUCAAGGUGACAAUCGUCGAAUCAGCAGUUGCUCCAGGUGGCGGUGCUUGGCUCGGAGGUCAACUUUUUUCAGCAAUGGUUGUACGCAAACCAGCGCACAAUUUCCUUGAUAAGGUUGGCGUCCCAUACGAAGACGAAGGUCGCUUUGUUGUUGUCAAGCACGCAGCUCUCCUCACUUCAACUCUUCUCGCCAAGACUCUGGCCCUUCCUAACGUCAAGCUCUUCAACGCGACUGCGUGUGAAGAUCUUAUGGUGAAGAAAGACUUUGAAGGAAAGCAACGUGUUACUGGUAUCGUGUCCAACUGGACGUUAGUUUCGCUUAACCAUGACACUCAAUCUUGCAUGGAUCCAAACACCAUUACCUCACCAGUGACCAUCUCAUUCUGCGGCCACGACGGUCCUUUCGGUGCUUUCUCUGUCAAGAGACUUGCUUCGGCUGGAUUUGUUGAGCUCGGCGAUAUGAGGGCACUCGAUAUGAACAAGAGUGAAGAUCAAAUUGUCAACCAAACUAGGGAAGUUUUCCCAGGUUUGGUCGUUGGUGGUAUGGAGUUGUCCGAAUUAGACGGUGCUCCUCGCUGCGGUGCCUCGUUUGGUGGUAUGUUUGGCUCUGGUGUUAGAGCUGCUCACACUGCCAUCGAGUCGCUUAAGUCAUCUGAAAUUGUCGAAGGUGAAGUCACUGGCAGAGUUGCUGCUUAA